AUGCCAGGCAGCACACAGCGUGGUGGUUGGCGGGAACAACGACCAGCGCUUUCUCGAGGUACGCCGGUGAACCAGCGACGCUGGUCAGCGUGGCUUCCGCGACUCUCCUCAUUGGUCGAUGAGCAGCCCGUCCAGGACGUGCUGGAUGAGGUCCAGCAGCUGCUACUCGAACGCAGCACCUGGGUCACCUAUGAGGACGGGGCGCGAGGCGGUGCAUCCGGGCGCGGUGCAAACAAGCCGCCGGCGCCUUUUUCGUCUGCUGGCUGGGAACGGCUCCAGACACUCCUCGAAGUUGAAAAGGCCCUGGUUUCGGCACUGGGCCAUCACUGCGAAGACGUGCGAGAUCGCGCCGUCGUCUUGCUCAGUGUGCUGUACGAUGGGCACCCGCUGCAACUCGCCGGUGAUGCGCUUCCUGUAGCCGUGACUUGUGUCGGAGAACCGGUCACAGUUUGCAUUCCAUUUGCGAGCGAAGCAGAUCGCGAGGCCUUCCAACCACAACGUGCCGUGUUGCGUCUGUUUCGGCCCUGGCCAAACAAAAACAAGAAUGGAUAUACUCGUGAAGUGCUGAGCAAACAGGCAACGAAUAGUCUGCAGCUCGGAGGUAGUCGACCUCCGCGUUCGCCCAGCUCAGAUGGCCCGCAACAACGAAAACCGUCGUUGGCUACAGAGACAGGCCCGAAUGCGACAAGCACGUCGCCUUCACGAGAGCAGACCGCUCAAGACUGGACAAACGCGGAAGAGGAAGCGGAACAGGAGCUUCCCGUAGGCACACACGCACUCUGGGCCGCUUGUCAUGGACACUGGCAAAGCUACCCCAUCAGCGUGCAGGGCGAGAGCAUCCUCGUUCAUCUGGGCAGUUUCGAGCAGCCGGGCUUUUACGACUGGUACAUCGCUCGAGCUUCGGAUGGUGUCGCCUCUCCGCUGGUAAUCGCUCAUCCGGUUGUCUAUGCCGAUGUACCGGGUAUGGACUUUAGACGCCUGCGCGGCCGCUUCAUCGUCCAGCCGAGGGGAGCGCGAGCCCAUCGCCUCUAUGAGAUACCUGUUGACCAGGUUGGCGCUCGCUGGGAUGCCACCACAGGGGCGCUACUCUCCAGGGGCUCCUUCGAUGCGGUGCAGGAGCUUCUGCCCCGUCUGGCAGCGAGCGGUAUCACCGGGAUAUACGUGAGCGGCUGCCUGGAACGUCGCCUCGAUGAGCACGAGCCGACACCGCACACCGUUGUCGAUCGAGCGAUGCCUGCCACGAUCCUCGGCGGGGUGCACAAGUUCCGUCGAAUGUGUGCAGAGGCCCGUCGACAUCAACUGGCAACCAUCGUGGACUGCUUGGAUCGAGUGUCGCUGGCUCGAGCACACCGCCGCUACCGACGCAUCGGCUAUGUGCGUAUUGUGGAUGCGAAACGUCAGGUGCCUGCACUACCUCAUCCUGGAACAGACUGUCACGAGGUCCAAUGGGAGGAUACCGCUCUCCUGAACUACCGUCGCCUUGAGAGCUGGUAUUCGCUCAUUGAGGAUAUUUCGCAGAUGGCGACUGAGCACGGUGCUGGCGGCGUUCGCCUCGACAAUGCGCAGUGCGUUCCCUGUGUACUCGCUCCGGACGUUACCGAACUCGCACGUAUCGACAACGACGGGAUUGCGCACUAUGACGACGAAGAGAAGGCAUUUGGCGACGUGGUGCUGGCGAACGUCGAGGGUGGCUACUGGCGCACAGACGCCGCCAUCGACGGCUAUCCGAAUCCUCUGCUGCUGAAACUCACCCGCGAAAUGUGGCACUGGAACCCCUCGUUCCUGGUUCUUGGUGAAUCUCACUUUCAUCGCGAGCGCAACCUCAUUGUGAGCGGCCUGAUUCCCCAUACGCUGCGGGUGGCAACCAUACUGGCCGGUAUUUCGGGCAAGUCUCUCCGCCGCGAUGGUUCCGUGCGCGCUCUCGGGGAGAACAAGCAUCCCACUGUGGACUUUAUCGCGCGUCUCUAUCGCAAUGAUGCACAUGCGAUUCCCUCGGGGGCAAUCAUGGUCGGGGGCACCUGCUCCGACACCUCGCCCUACCCGAGUGUGCUCUAUGGACGCCGAGCCUGGACCGCAGUCGAUAUGCUUUGUUUCCUGCCCGAUAUCCCGCUCUUACUUCUGGGCGAGGAGGAUGGACGCGCCUACCGCAUCAACAUGGCAUCCGUCUCCCGAGAAGUAGAUCCCGACACCAAUCUGGAGCUGGAGGUGCCCAAGUCUCCGCGCCUGGGAGGUCACGGCCUGCCGCGCGGCUCCAGCGUCGCCUCGGGCAUGAGCAUGCUGCACCUGCAACAAACCAGUAUGGGUGACGUACGGCGCCUGAAGCGCUCCGGCUCCCGCGAGACCGGUCUAGCGCGUCUGUCGAGUACCAACCUGCUGGGACGCAACACAACGAACCGUCGCGCGGACUCGGGAAGCAUGUCGGGUGCGGCUGCUGCCAUGGUGCGUUCGCGCUCCACCGAGGAUAUGCUGAAACUUUCGAUUCGCUCGGUGUCAGCGGAGGAUAUUCGCCAACUCGAUCUGGCCGAAGAGGAUAUUCGACGCGAGAUUGGUCCACAAGAGGGCUACGACAUUCGCCAGAUUCGCGGUCACUAUGAGCAUCGUCUACGUCUGCGGGCAUCCUACGAGGCACUUCGCGAAGGACACAUGGUAGCACUCGUGGUGCGCGAGCAGGCCAAGUACCAGGUACUGGCCUUUGCUCGCUUCACGAGACAGCAAAUCGUGCUACUCUUUAUCAAUGUUCGCGGUGGACACGACGGGGCACCGUUUGCCGUUCCCGUUGACACCAUCGUAGAUCUGCGACCGCUAGCAGAGGCACUUGUUGCGGCCGCUUUUCGAAAUGGAUGCACGUAUUUCGGUCCUUGGGAUCGCAUCAUUGAACUGCGGGAUUGUUUCACGGGGGCUCGAGAGCCGUCACGCUAUGCGUUCGAAGAGUUUCUCUUUCGCCGCUUGCAGAUCACGUUGAAGCCGCUAGAAACGCGGAUCCUGGAACUGUGUCCUAGCUCGGAAGCGGCCGAGUCCAGCACCGAUCUGCAUCAGCAAACCGUCCAGCGUCUCGACGAAGACGAUGAAAUGUUGUUGGACGCCCGUGCCAACUGGCUCGCUGGCUACCUCGCUCGACACUGUUACGACUUGAAGGCUUUUGCCCGAGCGCUCGGCUUUCUCCAAGGCCUGCUUGCGCCCGGUAAGCAGCAACUGACCGAGGCUCGAGCUCGCCAUCUGAUGUGUGUCUGCCUGCAGCGAACAGCGCUGCUCGCCGGUGAGCAAGAGUAUCCGCCACACGGUUUCCGUGCUGUCUCCGGCGAGCGUCUGCUUGCUUAUCUUAUGGUGCUGUCGAGUUGUGGAAUUGAUGCACUUCGCACCGUUGCACGACGCAUCCUCUCCGGGAAUCGAAUGGGUCCGAUCGUGCUCUUCAGUCCGGAGCUCGGUCGUUUCUCGAGCAUCGGAGGUCUCGGUACCAUGGUCGAUGAACUCUCCAAAGGUCUCGCUGAUCUCGGCCUCGACGUGUACGUCAUCUCGCCAGCCUAUACCUUCAAUCGUCGUGGAGAGACGCGCUAUCUCGAACGGGACGGUAUUCGCUGGACCCGCAAUAUCGAUGUGCGUAUCGGGAACGUUGGUGUCGCCACGCUGGGCAUCUUCGAAGGCAUUGAAAACAGUGUUCGUCUGAUUUUCUUUGAAAAUCACUCGUACUUCCCGCGAGUCUACCAGGAUCUGGGCUCUCAGGCGCGCAUGAUGGAGAUGCUGGUCCUUGCGAAUCGGGGAGUGCUUGAAAUAUGCUGCCACAAGCAGUUGCGACCCAGCCUCUUGGUGACCAACGAUUGGAUGGGGGGUCUGGUUCCCGCCUACGGGCGACUGGGCUAUUUUGGUGGCUAUUUCGACGACACCUGUUUCUUCCAUAUUGUGCACAACCUUGGCGAUGCAGCCUACGAGGGUCGUCUCUACCCGAGUCCAGCUGAGGCCGGAUUCGAGGCCAUUCAUCAGCUACCUCGCGACAUUGUCAUUGAUCCUACCUGGAAUCGCGUCGUUGUGAACCCCAGUCGUGCCGCCUUCAAGUGUGCGCACAGCUGGGGCACCGUCUCGCCGAGCUACCUGGAGGAGUUGCUCACGAAUCACCCACUGCGUCCCGUGAUGCGUCUCUGUCGAGCGCCAUUCGGGACGUCCAACGGUAUUCGUGUGCAGGAUCGUUUGGCGUUACUGCGUCGGGUAGCGUCGAGCCACGAGGAGGCCAAGAGCGUUCUCCAGAGCAAAUACUUUGGAGUGACGGAUCCGGGGAUUCCGGUGUUUGCAUUUGUCGGGCGUCUGACGAGUCAGAAAGGGGUGCACCUGAUUCUCUCGGCAACAGAUGCACUGAUGAAUCUGGCUGGCCCCAGCAAGUGCCAGAUCCUCAUAGGCGGCAUGGCGAACCGGGCGGAUCCGUACGGUGCGGACUGUGCUCGACGCUGCAACGAGCUCAAGCAACGCUACCGGGGGUAUUUUUCUGCUGACCCGGAUAACUUUUUCCAUGAUGGACCGUUGGUCAACUUGGGCGCCGACUUUUGCCUCAUGCCCUCGUUGUUCGAGCCCGGCGGCAUUGUACAGCAGGAGUUCUUCGUGGUAGGCACCCCGGUGAUCGCGUACCGCACCGGUGGCCUGAAAGACACGGUGAUCGAAUGGGAUCCGGUGGAGCUCACCGGAUCCGGGUUCGUAUUCCACGAGUAUACGAUGGAUGAUUUUCUGGCUGCUUGCAAACGAGCGCUCCGCGUCUACGCCAAGCCGGACGAGUACCAGCUUCUGCGGGAGUCGACCCGCGAGUUUGUCAUUGAUGUUGCCCAGGUUGCCGAGGCGUGGUCGCGGGAAUUCCAUCGGGUCAAGAACAUCAUCCCGUGUCGGGAUGAUGUGUUGGCUCUGGAUCUGGAAGCGGUGGCGAGCGAGCUCUCCAGUGCCGUCAAGGAUGGUGUUUGUGUACCAGCGGUGCCCGUGGAUAUCGAUUGGCCCGAUGCAUCCGCUUCCAGUGUCUCUGUGAAGGGUUCCUUUGAUGGCUGGAGUCGUGAAUGGCCCCUGCGUCGUGACUCAGGCAAAGCAAACGCAUGGGAGCGCACGUUCUGGCUACCACCGGGUACCUACGAGAUCAAGUACCGCGUGGACGGCGAGUGGCUUGUUCACCCGCACAAACCAGUAACGAAUACGAGCGGGCUCUUGAAUAACCUGCUGGAGGUGCCUCGACAGACCCCAUAA